GCUCCCUCUACCAGUGUUCCUAUUUAGCACUAGUGACAACCUGAGCAUCAUGCAGCUGGUGGCCAGCCUGGUGUCCGCGCUGCUGCUGGUAUGGAGUGUGAGAGCCACGACGCUGCCCGGGGAAGAGAGACUGCAGAGCACCAGGGAACGAAGUACAGUCCACAAGGACGUCAUCCUGAAGAUGCUGGCAGGCCUGCUGGACGGCAUGGAUGAGGGGAGUGAGGCAGCCUUCCCGGAUGUGGAGGAGAAGGGCAAGCUGGAGGAGGACCGGGCAGCGCAGGGGCGGCUUGCCCAGCUCUCGCAGCGAGACCGCAAGGCACCCUGCAAGAAUUUCUUCUGGAAAACCUUCACCUCCUGCUAGUGCUGCCCAGCCUGGCCUUGCCAGCCUGCAAACGCCUUCCCCACAACCCAUCUACCUUGUCCACCCAGCUCCUUCUCUGUGCCCCGCACACCUCAGAAUAAAGCAUAGC